ACAUGAAAACAGGAAGGUUUGCGUAGUAUGCGUAGAGGUUAAUAUAUAUGAAAUACCUAUAUGAACUACAUACUCGUCCUAUCCCUCCUGCAUUCAUGUAUUGAAGAGGCAUAGCCAUAUCUAUUGUUGACAUUUCACUGUUUCCUUAUCAAUAAUUCUGACAUUGGUGGGUGUGGGGUGAUAGGUAGCUUGGGUAUUGGUCAACUGGCUCGACAGGUACACCAAUGGUAUCAAUCCAAAGCCUACACGCCAAUGUUCAUUGUAGUGAGGUAAUCAAUGACACGCAUUUUGAAAACUUCAUGAGUUGGAUUGAAUUGAUUUCAUAAUCAUGGAUUCAAAUUUUCAGAGAGGACUGUCACGGACAACACAAGUCAGAAGAAGCCGAAGUUUUAGUAAAAAUCCUAAGUAGACCUUUACCAUGGUGAAUUUAUUUCAUAGAAAUUCAAUGAAAGAGAGCUCCUGAAUUCGUACAUUCCUCAGUAACUUGUCACAUUAUGAGGGGUAGCUCUUAGAGCGUCAUUGCAAAUUAAUAUUCCAGCUUCCAAUCUGUAUGGUCCCACGAGAAUUGAUCCAAAGACAACACAAUACAAUUGAAAGAGUAAGAAUUGAUAAUCAUCGAACAGAUGGCCAGUUCAGCACCGCCAAACAUCUCUCUUCCAAGUAGGGAUCAAUUUGAUGCUCAUGAUGAAGGUCAUUCAAGUGCAAGUGAAUCAGAGUAUCAACAUGCGCUGGAGGUAGUUUUCGAUGCUCAAAAUGCGCAUCGUAGGAAAUCGUCUCUCGUAACGGCCGAUACACCUGCAGCCACUUUCCAGCGAAGAAAGAACACAGAAUGUUAUGUACACGCAUUGCUCGAAAGUCAGAGGAAAAGCGGGAGGGCGUCAAACAGUGGCUUGGAGGGAAUAGCAGAAACUCUGGCUUCACGCAGAAUCGCAAGCGGGAUGGAUGAAAUUGAUGACAAAGAAGAUGCAGUGGUUGAUACAAAAAUGCAUUUCCAUGAAGAGGAAAGUUGUGGCCAGGUCGAUGAAACUUCUUGGAGAGAUAAUAUCAAUGCGAAAGAUUCGGCACAGCCAGCUGAAGAUGAUACAAGUGGGAAGGUACAAUUACAAGCUGAUGGUGUGGAUGCCGGCGCGACGCAUAGUAGACUUCUUACAAAGAAACAACUUUCGGACAUGGCUUGGGGAGUGAGGGAAUUGAGUAAGAGGCUGGGUAGUAUCAGGUUGAAGCUGAAGGUUAGAACGGUUUUUAUCCUUACAAAGGCGCAUGAUGAGAGCUUGAUUGCGAAUACGAGGGAGGUUACUAGAUGGCUUCUAAGUCCAGAAAGACAGGUUAGAUAUACGGUUUUCGUCGAGGAAAAUCUACGGGAUAGUAAAAAGUUCGACGCUAAAGGGCUACUGGAUGAGUUGGAGGAGGCGGAAGAAGGAAAGAUUAAUGGUGAUAAACAUAAGAGGCUGAGGUACUGGUCAUCAAACAUGUGCAGGACGAGACCUCACACAUUUGAUUUUAUCGUCACCUUGGGCGGUGAUGGGACAGUUCUAUAUGCAAGCUGGCUGUUUCAAAGAAUUGUACCUCCAGUUUUGAGUUUUGCACUGGGAAGUCUGGGAUUUCUCACCAAGUUCGAUUUUGGAGAUUUCGAGAAACAAUUGACCACUGCAUUUAGAGAUGGAGUCACUAUCAGUCUCAGGUUAAGAUUCGAAGGUACAGUAAUGAGGAGCCAGACGAGGAAACCCAAGGUCGUCAAGGAUGGUGAGAAUGGCGAGAAUGGCGAGAAUGACGAUGAGGACACAACGCCGGAACGAGACUUAGUAGAGGAGUUAGUGGGCGAGGAAAUGGGAGACGAGAGAACUCAUCGACCAGAUGGUACAUAUGAGAUUCUCAAUGAUAUUGUGGUUGAUCGAGGACCAAAUCCCAGCAACCAUGUCUUCUAUCGAGAUAUUCGGUGACGAUGAACACUUCACGUCCGUCCAAGCAGAUGGUGUUUGUGUUGCCACACCCACUGGCUCCACUGCCUACAAUCUCGCUGCCGGCGGCUCCCUCUGCCAUCCUGAAAAUCCCGUCAUCCUCGUAUCAGCCAUCUGCGCACAUACUCUCUCAUUCCGUCCCAUCAUCCUCCCAGAUACUAUUGUACUUCGUCUUGGUGUUCCAUACGAUGCGAGAACCAGUAGCUGGGCGAGUUUUGAUGGGAGAGAGAGGGUGGAACUGAGCCCGGGCGAUUAUGUGACGAUUAGUGCUAGCCGUUAUCCGUUUGCCAAUGUGAUGCCUCAAGGCAGGAGGAGUGAAGAUUGGGUGAACAGUAUCAGUGGGAAGUUAGGAUGGAAUACGAGACAGAGGCAGAAGGGGUAUAAGGAGUGGUCUACGUGAGAAUUGGUGGAUUUGUUUGUGGUGCAGAAAGGGGUUUUGAUAUUGGGUGGAGAUAUUGAAAGGGGAAAAGAUGAGAAUGGGUUAUGAUAUAUAAGAGAUGGUAGGAAUUGGCGGUGGUAGUAGCAAUGAUAAUGGAGUUAUCCAAAGUUGAGUAGUACUAUUGCGAGAUGUUUGCCCCAGCUAAGACAUCAUUGUCAAUGGUUGCUCCUUUUUGCACAUUCUUCUCGUGGGCGAAUGAGACGAUAAUCCACACCAGCCACGAAUCUAGAAAAAUCAAACCAGUAUUUGUUGACUUCACCGCUGUGUGGCUUUGAACCUAUAGCUAUCUGAUCUUGUACAAGUGGUGGUCUGAUCCAAGUUUGGUCUGCUCAGCCUCCAUUCUCGGUGUGUAUAAAUAUACAUCUCGGCAUGAUCCCUUUACAUACAUUUAUCUCCAGAAAUAUGCAAGCACAAUAGGCCCGCA